AGGAUUCCCUGUACCAUCAUGACGAGCUUACAAUCAAAAUGAGGAUAGAUGGAAAAGAACAGCAGAUCGAUUUACAUCUAAACAAAGAACUUCUACCAAAGGGUCACUUCUUGAGGACGGAACACAGGGGAGAACCGAAGAUCUGGAGGCCAGAACCUCAUGAAACAGAAUUAUGCCACUAUCAAGGGAGUAUAAAAGGCAUUGCCGAUAGCUGGGUCGCUUUAUCUACAUGCGAUGGGAUCAGUGGAGUGAUCUUCGAUGGUAAAGAGAUGAAGUACAUUGAGAAGGGGAAAGAUGGUGACCACCUCCUCUUCAGCCACAAUGACCUGAAGAAGAACUUAACUUGUGGAUUCGAAGGUACGAGCCACGAGGUCUUGGAGAACAUACACCUGCAAAGGAGUAGGAGGGCCAAACGAUCCCUCACCCCGAUCCGAGGACCAUAUAAUGCUAACAAAAGAUCUAGAUUUGUCGAGCUUGUUCUAGUUGUCGACAACAAACUCUAUGAGUCUAUGAAUAAGAACCUGGCAGCUGUCUAUGCUCAUUGCAAGGACAUUGCCAACAUUAUCAAUGCACUUUUUAUGCCCUUAAAUAUUUUCAUCGCUCUGGUCGGCGUCGUUGUUUGGGUGGAUUAUGAUCAAAUAACACUUUCCACUAAAGGCGACACCACUCUCACCAAUUUCUUGCACUAUAGGAGAGAAAGAUUGGUCAAAGAACAUCCCAAUGACAAUGCUCAACUCCUAACGAAAGUUCAGUUCGAGGGAGGUGUCGUAGGAAAAGCCUUAAAAGGGCCGAUAUGCACAUUUGAAUUCUCUGGAGGUGUUAGCAUGGACCAUAGUACUAAAGUAGGGCUCGUUGCUACAACAGUCGCUCAUGAAAUGGGCCAUAAUUUUGGUAUGGAACAUGACUCUCAGUCGUGCAACUGUCCUGAUGAUAGGUGUAUAAUGGCUCCAUCAUCAAGCCUGACCAGCCCAUCACACUGGAGCUCAUGCAGUUUAGAAUACUUGGCUUUGGCCUUCGAGCAUGGUAUGGAUUACUGUCUCCGCAACAAACCUGAUAGAUUAUUCGACAGCCCUGUUUGUGGUAAUGGAUUCGUUGAACCAGGCGAACAGUGUGAUUGUGGUCUUAAAGAGCACUGCGAAAAUCCUUGCUGCAAUGCUUCCACUUGCAUGUUAUAUUCUAAUGCAUCAUGUGCAACCGGAGAAUGCUGUGAUCUUUCUACAUGCCGCCCAAAAGUUGCUGGAACUAUGUGCCGAAGUUCGGAUCAUGAAUGUGAUUUACCAGAAUAUUGCACGGGUCACUCUGAAUAUUGCCCAGAUGAUGUAUUCAAAAUGGACGGGGAGCCUUGCGAUCGAAGUAAAGCAUUCUGUUAUAAGGGCACAUGCAGAAGUCACAAUGACCAGUGCAAACUUCUUUGGGGUCCCAGCGGUGAAUCCUCAGAUCUCCUUUGUUAUAAAAUGAACACAAUCGGAAAUCGACAUGGUAAUUGUGGCUACAACAGACUCAAUCAGUCAUUCGUCAAGUGUGUCCAUGAGGACAUAUAUUGUGGUAUGCUUCAUUGUGUUCAUCUAAAUGAAAAACUGGAGUUUGGAAUGGAAUCAGUCGCUAUUUUGUCCCAUUCAUUUCUGAAUAAUGAUGGCAAAGUAAUAGCCUGUCGCACUGCUGUUGUAGACCUUGGUUUGAACGAAGUAGAUCCAGGAUUAUCGCCUGAUGGUUCUAAGUGUGCGGAUGGAAAGAUGUGCGUGGGACAACGCUGCCUCUCUGUUGGAGCGCUGACAGCCGGUACAGCUUGUAAAGACAAUUGCAACGGAAAUGGUGUCUGUAACAGCCUCGGGCAUUGCCACUGUAACACAGGGUUCGCGCCUCCGUACUGCCACGAUCCUGGCACUGGAGGGUCUGAGGACAGUGGGCCUGCCACUCAGCCUAAUGCUCGGCGUGAUGUGAUCACCGCUUUCUAUAUAGUAUUCCUUGGAAUUAUCCCUGGAAUCGCCUUAGUAUCGCUGUUCGUCUACUACAGCAAGAGGAACCCUGCCGUCUUCGCCAAGAAGCCGCACCAGACAAUCCACCAUGAGAAAAAGUCAGGAAUGGGUGGUGGCCAUCGGUCAAGUACUACGGUUGAAAUCUCUGGACCACUUGCUGUCGACCACUCCAGAGCGAGCCUCUUACCUCGUGAGGGGCUCCAAGUCGGCCUACUCACCCAGUUCAAAGGCUUUAGUAUACCCAACACGCCGAUACCAAACGGCAAUGUCGCCAAUGGCAGACCAGCGUCCCAACUUGGAAGACCGACCAUAGGCCCUCCCGUCCUAUCUGGAACAACAUCGAGCACAGCAAGAGAGCUAUAUCCACUGACACCAUCCAGACCAGCACCUGCGGCUCCCCCUAAUCAACAUCAGCCUCCUGUACAAAAGCCAAUUCUCCAACAGACCACUGUACAAGCAGAACCUCCUGCACCUAAACCAGUUAUGCAACAAAAAUCUUUGCAGCAGGCUAACUCCAUCAAUGCUUAUCCCUCACUCACGAGAAUUGCAUCAUUCAUGAAGAAUCAAAAACCAGAAAUUAAGAAGGAGAAACCAAAAAUUGAGAGGGAAGCAUUGAGGAAUAUAGAGAUUUCUGCCCCUAUACCUCAAAAAGAAAUUGAAAUACCAUUGGCUACUUUACCAGCUGGAGAAAAAGUUACAAGGGCUCAAAGUAUGAGAGAUACUCCUAUAAAAAGGGCUCCAAUACCUACCUUUGGUUCGAUGAGAAUGAGCAAACGACCAAAUAGUAUACCGGCUAGCCAUAGGCCUACAUCCCCUCCUCCUAAACCUCCAGCGGAUCCAAAUGCUUAUGAUGACUGCUUAAAUCUUUUGACAGAAGGCACUGCUCCUCUUGCUCAUAUUGAUGAAAACCCUAAAGAGAACAUUUAUGCAGUUAUUGAAGAAAACCCCACCAAAAGUGAUAUAGGUUUACUAAAUGAGAUCGUCUCAGAGAUCGAAGCAAGAAAUACAGAAUCUAUUUACUCUGCAUCAACUCUAAAAAGGAAAAAAGAUGGUAAGGAUUCCAAGGAUACUGAUGAUGAGACUGCUUCAACUGUCACAGAUGCCUCAGAUGGUAAGAAUGGAACAUAUGUUAAUACAUCAUGGAGAGGUGAUUCGAGUACCACUUCAUCCAAUUCUGGCUACUUGAGCCCGAUAGCGGGUGGAGGGAAAAGUCAAGAAGAAGUCAAGGGUCCUAAAAUGCCAGAGAUGUCUGCCCCUGACCAACGUCCUCGUGGACCACUUGGUGCAUCAAUUCCAAAUAAAGGAGGUCUCCGAAGAACUAAAACACCACCAUCAAUUGUAAAGAAAAAGAGUCCUCCUCUCACUCUUGCGAAACCAGACCUAGUAUCAUCUUGUACACCAGAAAAUGCCAAGUCUCCUGAUGUGCUUAGUAAAACAAAGCAGCCAACAUUAGCUCCGAAGCCGUCAAUCAAGGCUGCCGGUCCACCUCCGAGGUCAAAAGUAGCCUCACUACAAAGGAGGUUCGAGCAGCCUAAAGGUGCAGUGAAAUCAGCGAGCACCAAGAGCCCAGAGGUGAGGUGA